UUCCCCAGCCACACCAGGCCGCAACACAUAUAUACACAGAAACAUAGAAGAAGCUCAGAGCACCCAAACCAAACGAAAUCUAGAGAGAGAGAGAAGCCAUGGCUUUCAUAGAAGAACAGGAGAAUCCAUCGCCGGACAUUUACAUACCAGAAGAGUGGUCGGACGCCGCCGACUCCAUAGCCUACGACUCCCGCACUUCCCCGCCGCCCAUUGCUUUCAUAUGCGGCGCCAAAAACAGCGGAAAGACCACCUUUUCCCGCCACCUCCUCAACAUUCUUCUCAACAGGUACAAAAAAGUGGCUUAUUUGGACACAGAUGUUGGUCAGCCUGAGUUUACUCCUCCUGGUUUUCUCUCUUUCACUGUAGUUGACAAACUAACUUCUGAUUUGACAAUUCCUUGUCUCAAAACACCAGAGAGAUCGUUUUUCUUCGGCGACGUUUCCUCAAAAAGGGACCCAACUGCAUACUUGACUUUUAUAUCUACACUGUACGAUCACUAUAGAAAGGAGUACUGCACAUCCAAUAACACUGAAAUCCCCAAUAAGACUGAAUUGCCUCUGGUUGUGAAUACUCCAGGAUGGGUGAAAGGUGUUGGUUAUGACAUAUUGGUGAAUAUGUUGAAGUACAUUGCUCCAACCUAUGUUGUUAAAAUAAACAUAUCUGCUAAGAGUAAGAAUCUACCGGAUGGCGUGUUCUGGUUAGAUGGCAGUAAUGAAGAGAUGGUUAAUCUAAUUGAGAUUAGUUCAGCUCACGAGGAUUCUUUUAAGAGAUCGCUUCUGGUUCGGAAGGAUGCACACCUUUUGCGGGAUUUGCGAAUAAUGGCUUAUUUCAGGCAGUGCUUUCCAAGUAAUCUGAACAUCACUACUAUCAAAGAACUUGCGCAUGCACUGACGUCUCAACCUCCAUAUGAAGUUCCAAUUUCAAGCAUCACAAUUAGACAUCUCUAUUGCCAGAUCCCAAGUACCGAGAUCUUCUACAGUUUGAAUGCAACCAUAGUCGGCUUGGCAGUUAGCUCUGAGGGCUCUGAAAAUUCACCUUGGUGUGUUGGCCUUGGGAUUGUGAGAGGUGUUGACACGUUCAAAGGUUUGCUAUACGUCAUUACACCGGUUCCGCCGAGCACUCUGGAAAAGGUUGAUUUAUUUCUGCAGGGUUUUAUCCAAAUUCCCACUGGUUUGUUGCAGGUUCAGGGUUGUGUAUCACCUUACAUGUCGAAAAAUGUUUUGUCUACAAGCUAGCUUUUAUAAGCACUUGUUUGUUGACAAAGAAAAUUUCCUACUAACUCCUUUAUAACAGUUAGCCAAAAACCAAAGCUGUUUCAAGGUUGCGCAAGAAAAGAUGGACAGAGUAUGUAAUCGGUGUCAGCUACCGCUUACCUGUUCGUAUUGUUCCUAUACUGUAUAAUCUUUCUUCCGGACUUGAAAUUAAUAUUUAAUAGCGAGUAAACUAUAUAGAGCAAACUAUGGUUGUAAAAAGACUUCACUUCAAUGAAGAAUUCAAUACUUAGU